AAAUAAAAACUUAAAUUAACCUGGUCAAAAGAAAAGAAAAGAGGGGUCUGGGGUCAAAAUUAGGUUUGUGUACGAGAGGGAACAGAGGCGGCGACUCCAGCUCAACUUCAAUUAUCAAUCUUCAAUCAAAUCGACUCCAUCUCAACUUCAAUCAUCAAUCUUCAAUCAAAUCAAGAUCUCCGGCUCAGCUAUUUCGUUUGUAAUGGAGUUCAUGUCAAACUCGGCUACAACUACAAGUACAGGAGGCUCUAAUUCUGUCAGCCAACCAUCACAAAGUAUGCUAGUGGAAGAAAACACAUUGUGGAGGCAUGUUACUAAAGUUGCAGUAGCCAAAGAAAGAGGGGGAAACACUAAAUUUCGAUGCAACUUCUGCAACAAAGAAUAUACAGGUUCAUAUUCUCGAGUUAAAGCAUUGAAAACUAAAUGCUUGGGAAUUGCAGUGUGUUCCAAAGUCACCCUUGAACUAUUAAGUGAAUUUCAAAAAGAGGUGGCAGAUGAAGAAGAUCGGAGAAGGCCUGUUAACAUACCACUGCCUCCUUCAAGUGCAACACAAUCAUGUAGCAGUGCUUGGGGUGGAAUCGAGAAGAAGCAAAUGCACUCAUCCAAGAAAAGAGCAAGUGAUCCAAAUAAUCCCAUUAAUAAAGCUUACAAUAUGGAGAUGAGAAAUCUGCUAGAUGCUGAGAUUGCAAGAGGAUUUUAUUUCGGGGGCCUGCCAUUUAACUAUGCAAGAAAUCCUCACCAUAUAAAGUCAUAUACUAUGGCUUCUGAAUACAAACUCUCGGGCUAUGUACCUCCAACGUAUAAUGCUCUACGCACUACUUGUCUGCAAAAAGAAAGAGCACAUGUUGAGAGAUUAAUGGAGCCUAUUAAAACAUGGAAGGAGAAAGGGGUGACUAUAGUUUCCGAUGGCUGGAGUGACAGCCAAAGAAGUCCACUGAUUAAUUUUAUGGCAGUCACAGAGCUUGGUCCAAUGUUUAUAAAGACUGUCAAUUGUGAAGGCAAUGUUAAAGAUAGGUUUUUCAUGGCAAACUUGAUAAAGGAGGUGAUAAUGGAAAUUGGAGCUCAGAAUGUGGUUCAAGUAAUCACGGAUAAUGCACCACUUUGUAAGGCAGCAGGUAUGAUUGUCGAGACUCAAUAUCCACACAUUUUUUGGACUCCUUGUGUUGUGCACACCCUUAAUCUAGCUUUGAAGAACAUUUGUGAUCCUAGUCACAUUGAGUCUAACAGGGAUGCCUUCACUGAGUGUCACUGGAUUACAGAAGUGGCAGAUCGAGCAUCAAUGGUCAAAGAUUUUAUUCUUAACCACAAUAUGGUGUUGACAAUGUUCAAUAAUGUUGCUCCCUUAAAACUUCUUGGAGUUGCUGAGACUAGAUUUGCACGGUGAUUAUAAUGCUGAGAAGAAUUAAACUUUUAAAACGUUCUUUAGAAACAUUGGUGCUUAGUGAGGAGUGGGGAACUUACCGUGAAUAUGAUUAGGAAAAAGCCUUUAUCUUAAGGACUACAAUGCUUGAUGAAACAUGGUGGGAUCAAGUCGACUACAUUCUGGAGUUUACAAGUCCAAUGUAUGGUAUGCUACGUUUCGCAGAUACUGACAAGCCAUCACUUCACUUGAUAUAUGAUAUGUGGGAUGAGAUGAUCGAGAAAGUAAAGACUAUAAUAUAUAGGCGUGAAAGGAAAGAACUCAGCGAGGAUUCUCCAUUUUAUAAUGUAGUGUAUUCCAUUCUUAUUGAUAGAUGGAUGAAGAGUUCCUCACCUCUACACUGCUUUGCUCAUUCACUGAACCCAAGGUAUGCAUUUUCCAACUGAAUUUCAGCAAGUAAUGUCAGAGUUUCUGAAUUUAUACAAUGUACAUUUCAGAAUUUCAGAAUUCUGAAAUUUCAGAAUAUCAGAAUUUAUAUAUACAAUGUAAAUUUCAGCAAGUAAUGUCAGAAUUUCAGCUUGUACAUGUGUUAUUUCUACCACUGACUUUUAGUGAUAAACAUUUACAGGUAUUACAGCAAUACAUGGCUUAAUGCAGCUACGGACCGCCUUCCUCCUCAUCAAGAUAUCGAGCUAUCGGAAGAAAGAAACAAGUGCAUUAAAAGAUACUUUCCAGAUGGGGAGGCAAGGAAAGCUGUAAAUGUUGAAUUUGCUCGCUUUUCUGGACAAAUGGAUAGUUUUGGCAGUGCAGACUCUAUUGAAGAUAGAGGCACCGAAGAUUCUAAGAUGUGGUGGCUGGUUUAUGGAGCUUCUGCUCCAAAUCUUCAAAAAAUAGCUUUAAAGCUAUUAGGACAGCCCUGCUCUUCUUCUUGCUGCGAAAGGAAUUGGAGUACUUAUUCUUUUAUCCACUCGGUUAAAAGAAAUAAGAUUCUUCCUACUCGGGCCGAAGACUUGGUUUAUGUCCACACCAAUCUCCGGCUCCUUUCUAGAAAGAGUGAUCAAUACAUUAAGGGAGAGACCAAGUUGUGGGAUAUAGGAGGUGAUCGUUUUGAUCCACUUGAUGGUGCCGAAGAGCUCGAGAUUGCUAGUCUUUCUCUUGACGAGCCGGAGA